CAACAACAACAAUAUUGUUAUUCAUAUUGAUAUUAAUGUGCCACAGGAGUAAUGAAACGGCGGCGGAUGUUCUGACGGAUCCCAAAUUCACCUAUGCCAUUGCAAAUGUUACAGCAUCUGUGGGCCGUGAUGCCACCCUGACAUGUGUCGUUCAGGAUUUGGGCUCCUAUAAGGUGGCGUGGUUGCGUGUCGAUACCCAAACCAUAUUGACGAUACAAAAUCAUGUCAUCACGAAAAAUCAACGCAUCGGCAUCACAAAUUCCGAACACAAAACCUGGUCGAUGCGUAUCAAGGAUAUCAAAGAAAGUGACAAGGGCUGGUAUAUGUGUCAAAUCAAUACGGAUCCGAUGAAAUCGCAAGUUGGCUAUUUGGAUGUAGUCGUACCACCGGAUAUAUUAGAUUAUCCAACAAGCACGGAUAUGGUGGUACGUGAGGGCAGUAAUGUGACGCUGAAAUGUGCAGCUACCGGUUCACCUGAGCCGCAAAUUAUAUGGCGACGUGAAAAUGGAGUGCCCAUUGAGCUACCCAAUGGCACAGAGGUUUCCCAUGUUGAAGGCACCAAUUUGGUAUUGCCCAGCGUUAAGAGGCAACAUAUGGGAGCCUAUCUUUGUAUAGCCUCAAAUGGCGUACCGCCAUCGGUUAGCAAGCGGAUAACAUUAAUUGUGCACUUCCCUCCCAUGAUCACAGUACAAAAUCAAUUGAUCGGAGCUGUGGAAGGCAAAGGUGUAACACUGGAAUGUCAUUCCGAGGCAUUUCCGAGGGCCAUCAAUUAUUGGACAAGGGAAAAGGGAGAUAUUGUGAGGCCAGGUAGUAAUUUCAUAUCGAACGUAACCGACAUUGGUGAUUAUCGCAGUUCGGUAAAAUUGCACAUUAACCCACUGACCGAUUCGGAAUUUGGUGCUUACCGGUGUGUGGCGAAAAAUUCGCUGGGUGAUACAGAUGGCACAAUUAAAUUGUACAAAAUACCAUCUAGUACGGUCAAUGAUGUGAACAGCUAUGAUCGGCAUAAAGGUAAAAAACGUAUCAAAUCAUCUGAACUUUAUCAUCAGUCAAAGGUAAUCUCCAGCGAAAGUGAGGAAAAUGAAAAUCCGGGCAAACGAAAAGAUCUCUUAAUGAUAAACGAACUCGAAGAUUUAUAUGCAAGUUCAGCGGUGAGUCAUCAUCAUCAUCGCCAUCACGUCACUCAGCCGCAUCGAACGUCACUUUUGCUAAUAAGCAUCACAACGUUAAGUGUGUGUCUGACAGUGAUGCAACAACAACGACAUUGA